CUGGAUAUAAAGUUUUAGUGAUCGAGAAAGGAAAAUAUUAUCAUCAGAGUGAACUUACUUUGACUCAAUUAGAAUCCAGUACUAAGCUCUAUGAACGUGGAGGGAUGCUUUCAAGUGAAGGUAAUUCGAUAGGGAUUCUAGCUGGAUCAACCUUUGGUGGUGGUACCACAAUUAAUGGGGCGGUAUCACUUAAGAUACCAAAUGUUGUGAGAGAAGAAUGGGCUUCAGAAGGAUUAGAUUAUUUUACUACUAAAGAAUUUGAUAAUUCAAUGGACGCUGUCACAGAAAGAAUGGGCGUAUCCACAAAAGCGAUUGUUCAUGAUGAAAAAAACAAAGUACUUAUUGAAAGUUGUAAACGACUUAACUAUCAUUAUGCAGUUGCUCCACAAAAUACGGCAGGUGCGGAACACCAGUGUGGAUGGUGUUUGUAUGGUUGUCGUUAUGGAGAAAAACAAGGAAGUUUGAUGACAUGGUUAAAAGAUGCGAGAGAUUCUGGAACAAAAUUUGUGCAAGAUUGUUAUGUCAAAAAAGUUUUGAUCAAAAAUAAAAAAGCAGUAGGGAUUGAAGCGAUAGUUGGUAGUGAUAAACGAAAAUUAAUAGUAUAUUCAAAGAAAGUAAUUGUUUCUUGUGGAUCACUUCAUAGUCCAGCAUUACUAAAAAGAAGUGGACUUCAAAACAAAAAUGUUGGAAAGAAUUUAUUUUUGCAUCCAGGAAUGUGUAUUUCUGGCACUUUUCCUGAUAAAGAAAUCAAGUCUUAUUAUGGAACCAUUGUUUCUUCAUAUUCUGAUAUUCAUCUCGAUCAUUAUGGAGCAAAAAUUGAACUUGCGCCUCUUCACCCUUCAUAUGGGGCAACAUUUAUCCCCUGGAGGUCCGGGUUAAAUCAUAAACAAAGAAUGCUUCAACUUAAUAAUCAUAUUCCUUUGGUCAUUGUAGGACGUGAUAGAUAUUCAGGAAGUGUUGAUAUUGAUGACGAUGGAAAACCAAGAAUACAUUAUACCAUUAGUGAUUAUGAUUCAAGAAAUAUUACAGAAGGAGUCAUUGCCGGAGUUAAUAUUUUAGUUGCAGCAGGAGCAAAAUCUAUUGAUGUAGGCUUUACAGAACUUGAUGAGUUUAUACCUACAGAAGAUGAUCCUUUACAAGAUCCAAAGUUGAAAUCAUUUAUUGAAAAUAUCAGAAAAAUUGGAACAAAGAAUUGUAAUUUCGGAAGUGGACAUCAAAUGGGAACCUGUCGAAUGGGAAGUGAUUCUUCAACUUCAGUUGUAAAUCCAAGGGGCAAAACUUGGGAAAUUGAUAAUCUUUAUGUGGCUGAUGCAAGUGUGCUUCCUUCUUCAGUGGGUGUAAACCCUAUGAUUACAAUUUGUAGUGUUGCAUAUUCCAUUGCAAAUUUUAUUAUUAAAGAUGAUCAAAGAACAGGAAAUAUCUGA